UCUGCAUAAUUUAAAGCACGUUUGUGACAGGUUUCACUACAGGUGUAGACAAUUAACCUCUCCUUUAAUACGACCAUGCAGUUGGCGGAAAAACUUUUUUUUACAAUAACAGACGGCAAAAUGACUCAACAUAACGCAGCCAUUACACAGAGUCCUUCAAAUACGAAUACGGAUAAGGGGUACAUGGAUGUAUUUAAACGUAAAGAGCCGUUAAAGUUCACACCUAAGCGCCAGUACGUUUUGGCCGUCAUCUCCCCUCUGCAAAAACACGACAGCUGGGAAACUGUCUUUGCAGAUGGCAGAUUUUCUGGAACAUCUUCACCUGCUCAUUCAAACAACAGAUUAGAAGAAAUCACAUUUGAAAGCCCAAGGCAUAGAGGUGCAAGGCAGAGGAGGUUGACUUCUUUUCGGCCUCUUUCUUUAGGAAUCACAUUUGAAAGCCCAAGACAUGUAAGGCAGUGGAGGGUGACUCGUUUUCAGCCUUUCUCUUUUGAUGUGCAUGAUGCUGCACGGAAAGUCGAGCGUGAGAGGAGACUGCAAGAGAUGCGCCAGAUGCAAGAACUGCAAUGGUGUUCAACAUUUAAAGCCCAUCCAGUGAGAAGAUAACCUCUUAUUCAGCCCCCUGCACAUUCCAAGACCCCCGUCUAAAUAACAUUUAACAGAUUUAAGUUUUGUCUUAUAUAUAUUUUUUUUUUUUUUUUUAAUGUUUUAAUAAAAAAUAAACACCA